AGUGUACAGAAGUGCUUCCUUUUACCAUGUUGGAGCUUUUUCAGCAGAACUCGUGUUUCUUGAUUUUUAAUUAGAAUGUUAUUCCUUUUCGCAAUAUUAGUUUUAAAUCCAAAACUGACCUUGGCAGAACAGCCCCAGGAUGAAAUCUCCAAAUUGUACCUCAAAUACAAACAAGCUAAAUAUUACCUCGGGGGAUCAGAACCCCUGGAAGCUGAGGAGAAAGCUGCUAGGAAUUUCUUUGCUACGUGGGAUUUGUUGCAAAGCAAUGUAUACUAUCCAUACGUCAUAGCUGAUUGGAAUUAUCAAACAAAUAUGACAGAGGAAAACUUGAAUGCAAUUGAUGGAGAAGGAAUAACGUUUGGUCUGAAAAUGGAAGAACUGACAAAAAUUGCCGCCACCGCUUUUGGCAAACGUGGUCCUUUUGCAAGAUGGAGAAAUUACCACGACUCAUACUUUGUUCGUCUCAUUUGGAAACAACUCGGUUCAGCAACUUUAGAAUCAGAGGCCAAGAAAUUUGCUGAAAAAGCCACUAUUGAUAGGCUGGAGGCAGAAAUGGGGAAGAUUCUGGUUGAAGCUCAGAUUUGCAGCUCAAAUGGGGAGGUAUGCGGGAUUAAACUGAAUCCUGAUGUAACUGACCCAGAGGAAAGAAAACACCUGUGGAAAGCUUGGUUUGAUGCAACUGGAAAGAAAAUCAGGCCCUUGUAUGAACAGUAUGUUGUAUUACUGAAAGAAAGGGCUAAAGCAUUGGGUUAUCCAAAUGCUGCUGAGAUGAUGAUGGCACCUGAAGAAACACCUGACUUGAGAGGACAGGUGCUGAAACUGUGGAUACAAGCACAACCAUUGUACAAAAAGAUAUUUUCUUACUUCAGAUUUAAAUUGUCUAAUGUUUACCCUGGCCUUAUUGACCUAAAUGGCCCCAUACCAGCACAUUUCAUGGGUUAUCCAAAUGCUGCUGAGAUGAUGAUGGCACCUGAAGAAACACCUGACUUGAGAGGACAGGUGCUGAAACUGUGGAUACAAGCACAACCAUUGUACAAAAAGAUAUUUUCUUACUUCAGAUUUAAAUUGUCUAAUGUUUACCCUGGCCUUAUUGACCUAAAUGGCCCCAUACCAGCACAUUUCAUGGGGAGCACAUUUCCUACAAAUUUCAACAUGGUAAAUAACACUGAGCUUCCUUAUCCUGGAAGCGAAAACAUAUGGAAAUCCAUUGCAGAAGAAAUGCUUUCACAGGGUUAUACAGUGCGGCGUAUGUAUGACGUAGCAGAAGAUUUCUUUGUUUCAAUGGGUUUCAGUCCAAUGACAAAAACGUUUUUUGAAAAGUCAUUGUUUGAGAAGCCAGAUGAUGGAAGGGAAGUUACUUGUCAUGGGUCAGCUCAUGAUUUCAACCAAGGAGCUUGUGGAGAUGAUUUCAGGAUAAAAUAUUGUGCAGAAGUGACACCUGGUGAUCUUGCAACAAUCCAUCAUGAAAUGGGUCACAUUCAGUAUUUCAUGUCCUAUUCACAUCUACCAACACAAUUCCGAGAUGGUGCUAACAGUGGAUUCCAUGAAGCCAUAGGAGACACAAUGUCACUUUCUUCUUCAUCCAUGAAGCAUCUGCAAAAAAUUGGUCUUCUGAAACCUGGACGAUUUUCAAGUCAAGAAAUUGCAGAAAAAGAUAUUAACAUCUUGCUGACAAAGGCGUCUUCAACCUUUGGGCAGUUGGGAUUUGCUUACAGCCUGGACCUUUGGCGAUGGGAUGUCCUGGGCAAUGAUUCUGUGACAAACAAAAACAUGAAUAAAGCUUAUUGGGAUCAUGUGGAGAGACUCAUGGGAAUUAAACCCAUGCCAAGAACAGAGGAAGAUUUGGACCCUGGGGCUAUUUACCAUGUUGCCAAUGGGGUUUCAUACAUAAGGUACUUCAUGAGCAUAAUUUUGCAACACCAAUUCCAUGAAGCCAUGUGCAAAGCAGCUGGUGAAUAUGACCCAAACAAAGCAGAUAAACCACUGCACAAUUGCGAUUUUUACAAAAGCAAACCUGCUGGGGAUCUUUUGAGGAAAGCCAUGCAUCUUGGGUCCUCCAAACCCUGGCCUCUGGUCCUGGAGAAAAUCACUGGUCAGAAAACCAUGACAGCUGAUUCACUCAAAAGAUUCUACAAGCCUUUGGAGCGAUUUUUGGACAAGUUUCUAGCAGAGAACAAACAGUGCAUAGGCUGGGGAAGUGAUUGUAAUUCUGGACGAAGUGCACAUGGAAACACCACAUUCAAAGCAUCUACGUUUGUCAAUCGAAAAUCUUUUGGGAAAUCCAAAGAUUUUCUUAGAAAUGCGUAUAAUGUUGUGUAAUCUCAUGAUGCUUACAGAAGUGUUCCAUUCAAACUUUGAAUUUGGAGUCCAGGUAUGGAAAUUUUCUGAAAACUCUAUAUCAAAUGUUGUUCAAGAAUAUUCAAGUUCAAAAAAAGCCUCAUUCUUUGUUGACAGUGGAUUUUUCUUUCCCUUGCUUAAAGAAUAAAUAAAACAUAUUUUUCUGACCAGAAAAGCAGAAAUUACAUUGAAAGAGCAUGAAGAACAUUUUUUCAACGCAUUUUCUUCCAAAUUUGAUGCGUUUUGCUUGUGUUAUGUGUUAAAUUAUGUGAUGGUUGCCGUGUAUAUUUUAAAUUUAAAGCAAUAUCAUGUUUACUGGGUAGCAACUAUUUCAAAUAAAAAUUUAGUAAUAUGUGGCCAGUGAAUUUUUUUCAUAGUAGCUCAGCGAAUUUUAAGAAGUCUUUAUGAUUGUUUUUUCAAAACAUAAUUUCAAAGAUUUUAAAAUUAAUACGCCCUAUAUGUAGACAAUGCAUAAAAAAAUAUGAGUGAUGUCUUACUUUCAAUGGCUCCUAUACUGAAAAAUGCGUGACAUUCACACUGAUGGGGACUUUCAUCUGAUAUUGCAAAUUCUCAAGCUCGAAAAUUUCAACAAUCAAAUUAUUUUUACUGUAAACUUUUCCAGAUGAUAUUGUCAAAAUGUUGAUGAAUCAGGAAAGUUUCUCAUAUCUGGCAUUCAGCUCAUGCUGGAGAAAAUAUUACAAGUGAAAUUCGCGGAAAUUUCAUCUUUGAAAAUUGUUUGUCAAUAUCAGGAAUAUUCUUUGUAUGAUACAAUAUUUACAUGACUCAUUCAUAUGAUGUGCUGGACUGUUUCAAUGGUGAUGCUUAAAAAUCUCAAGCAUGAUGAUGCAUACAUAUACACAGAACUUGAUUAAAUCGGAA